AGUGUUGUAUUGUUGAAUAUGGGACAGCUUCCACGGCAAAAAUAUUUGAAUUGUGUAAAGCAGCCAGAUUGUACGCAUUCACGCAUGCACUUUACAGAGCACCAACCUCAUGCAGUUUAGCUGGUGGAUGCUACACACCAAAAUAUCGUAUAACAUUUACAAUGAUUCUAUCUGGGGCUGGCACAGCUUCCCUAUCAUCAAAUGUCAUUGCAUGCCACUGCAACAUUAUAUAUUAAUUUAAAAUAUUACUAUUACAGUUCAAAACUCUCAUCAUAUUUUAAGAAGUCGGAAGAAUGCUUAAAAACAAUCUGAUAAAUGUCCUUGGACUUUUAUCAAAUCCAUCUUCAUUGUAUUUUACCAUGAAGGAAACAAAAAACACUUUAAAUUUGUCUGAAUUACCAAUUCUUAAUGAGGAAACAGUGUUACAUGUUUUGCAAAAUAAUUAUGCUAAUGGUCUAUUUUACGUUUGGGGUGGAAGAACAUUAUUAGCUAUUAAUCCUUGUACAGUUUUUCAGCAUUUGUAUACCCAAAAAACAAUAGAAUUGUAUCACAAGUCAAAAUGUCAGAGUAUUCAAGAGCCUCAUGUAUAUGCAGUAGCAGAAAAUGCACAUUACAUUCUUGCUUCUGAUUUAGGAAAGAUUAAUCAGGCUAUCAUUGUCAGUGGAGAAAGUGGUGCUGGGAAGACAUACACCACAUCAGAAGUUUUGAAGUACCUUACUAGUGUAGCAACUUCAAAUUUCAGUACAAUUAAAGAUCAACCACAAAGAGUUCAACAAAAAAUUGUAGAUUCAACUCCAUUAUUGGAAGCAUUUGGAAAUGCUUCUACAGCUAAGAAUAAAAAUAGCAGUCGAUUUGGUAAAUUCGUUCAAUUGCAAUAUAACAAGGGAGAAUUUACUGGUGCUAAAAUAUCUACUUAUCUUCUAGAGAAAACAAGGGUAACAACAAUUCCAAGACUAGAAAGAAGCUACAAUGUUUUUUAUCAAAUGAUUGCUGGAAUUUCAGAAAAUGAUUGUAAAAAUUUGAUGCUAACACAAGAACUCAUAACAAGUUUAAGUGAAGAAGUGACAGAUCAAGAUAAGAUAAAAUUUCAAGCAACAAAAGAUGCAAUGAAUGAUAUUGGUUUAUGUAUGAAUACACAAAAUGAUAUAUUUCAGGUUCUUUCUGCUUUGCUUCAUUUAAGAAAUUUAAGUUUUAAGUUAAAUCCUGGUGAUGAUUGCGUAGCCAUUAGUGAAUCUGCGAAAAAAACACAUAAUAUUGAAGCAGCUUCAACUCUAUUAGGAUUAUCAUCAUCUACAUUAGAGAAAAUUCUAAUUGUUAAGACCAUAACAGCUGGAAAAACAAUUAGAAGAUCUGUCUAUACCAAACCAUGUUGUACUAUUAAAGAAUGUGAAGCAAGAAGAGAUUGUCUUGUUAGAUUUAUUUAUGAUAGUUUAUUUGACUGGUUGGUGAAAUUUAUUAAUCAAGAAGUAGCAUCUCCAGUGUGGGAUUAUUUUAUAGGUAUCCUGGAUGUGUAUGGAUUUGAAAAUUUUAAUCACAAUAGUCUUGAACAACUUUGCAUUAAUUUUGCAAAUGAGAAGCUUCAACAAUAUUUUGUUAAAGAUUUUCUCCAUGAUGAGCAGGCAGUAUUUAUUGAAGAAGGUAUUGAUUAUAAAUUGAUAAACUAUACAGAUAAUAAACACUGUCUUGACCUUUUGGAAGAGAGAAAUAAAGCCAGUGUGUUUGGCUUACUCAAUGAGGAUAAUAUUCCAGAGGAAUUUAAAUCUUUAUUAGCUGGAAGUUCAAAAGCAUUUGUCAAACUACUGAACCCCAUAAUAAAUAACUGUGUUCAAGAUAAAAAAACUCGUAAACAAACAGUUUUAUCAAAAUUCAAGGCUUCUCUAGAUGAUUUAGUAAAGAAAUUGAAUUUAUGUGACGGACACUAUAUCAGAUGCUUAGUACCUAAUUCUGGUUAUCAACCUGGAUAUUUGAAUUCCCAAUAUUUAUUAAUGCAAUUAAGAGCUUGUGGAAUUUUGGAAUCAAUAGCUAUAUUUCAAAGGGGAUUACCUGUAAGAAUCAGAUAUGACACUUUUAUAACUCAUUAUCAUCCUUUAUUUGGAAAAAGCGUUAAGUAUUUAAAAAGACUUUCAAAGUACAUUUGCCAGAAUAAUGAAGAGUCCAAUAAAUUACCAUUAAAAAGACAAAAUGGUGGAAUGCUACCUGUAUUACAGACAACAUGUCGCCAAAUGAUUUCUGAUUCUUUGAAGAAAACAUUAUCUCAUCAAGACUGUCAGUUUGGCAGGUUGAAAAUAUUCUUGUCAUCAGAAGUGUUUCAUGAACUGGAAAGAAGUUUGUUGGAAAAACAUUCUGAAUCUGCUUCAAUAAUCCAAUUCAUAUGGAAAAAUUACCAAAAAAGAAGAAAUAAUGCUGCAAUUAUCAUUCAGACAGCAUUUAGAAGAUGGAAGAAUCGUAGUCAUUAUAUAAAGAUGAGAAUGGCAGCAAUAAAAAUACAGAGAGCUUUCAGACAAUAUAUGACUCUGCAAAAUGACAAUUUUACAACAGUAAGACUAAUUUCUAAAGACCUGUCUUCAUUUCAGUCUGAUGGAGACAAAUUCUAUUCUAUAUCAGAUUUUAGUAGAAACAAUUCAGUCUGUCUCAGUGAUGAUUUCAGUGAAAAUAAAGGUAUACUAACAGGAACUGAAUUAAGAAAUAUCCGUCAUAAUUCUGAUGUGUUUGAUGUUUCAAAUGAUGAUAAUUUUAUCAACGAAUUUAAACUAAACCGUUUAUCGCAAAUUAACGUUAAUGGCAAUUGUGAAACAAACCAAUAUAUAAGUAAUAAAAAUGAAGUAAAUGCAUUUCCAGAGGAAUGCGUGUUUGAAGAUGAUUUCAAUGCAAGAAAUAAUAAUUUGAAUAAUUGUAGAGAAACAUUUCAAAAAAAUAAUUUGGUUAAUUUCUUUCCUUCUUACUUCAAACAGAAAAAGGAACAUGAAAGUGGUGAACAGGAAUUACACUGUGAAUUUAAUGAAACUAUAUCAAUGCCAGUGUGUGAACUCAGAAAAAUUUAUCAAACUAAAUCAGAAUUUGUAGAAUAUAAAAAUUUCAAUAAAGACAAAUUUAGGGAAUCACAUAAUAUAAAUUUGGAAGCAGCAGACGAUUCUGAAAGUCAAAUUCACAACAAAAAUGGCAGAGAAGUGGUGUCCAAAUCUGUUCCUUUGUUCACUGCAAUUCAGCAUCUGUACCUAAAGUAUGGAUUACUUUCAGUUAGGAGAAUGCCAAAAACAAAGAUUCGUUUUCACACACGUCUAACACCUCUUCUGUAUUCCCAUUAUCCGCCAUUAUGUGAAAUUCAAUGUAGUCUUACCGAUGCCCUCGAAGACGAAACAGAUUGCAUCAUCCACAGACUAGAAACAAAUUAAUAAUUUAUGUUAUACUAACUCCAAUGUAAAAGUCAUUAGUAUAAAGUUAGCUCAAUUGUAAUAGUUGAUUUAUUUGUACAUUAUGUAAUAUAUCCUAUAGGAGAUUACAUCCUUUUUUUACAUUUGUUAACAUUGUUUUAUAAAUAAAGUAUCAAAGAAUAGUUUAG